AUGCCUAGAGCCCCUAGCCUUCCGAAAGUCCCUUCUAAAUUGUACACACAUCCGGUUCCCGUUGAGCAGCGAAAACAAGUCUAUCUGCCCGAAUUUACGAUCACACUCAUCCGCACACCUUUUCUUCCUCCUCGCUAUGCCUCGUUCUGGGUUCCACUCUCAUUCAACAAGUUAGACUUGAAAGAUUAUCUAAAAAGGGCAUAUAAUGUCGAUGUGAUCAAAGUGCGAAGCUAUGUUGAACAGCAAAAGGUUACACGGGAACGGGCUCUCGGCAAAGAGGGGUUUGGUCCGUUACGAAGGCCAAUGGCGAAGAAAAAAAUGACAGUGGAAAUGACGGAACCAUUUAUUUGGCCUGAGGAGCCGAAAGAUUUUGCACCAUGGGAACGAGAUACGUACUUCGAAGCCAAAAAAAUGCAGGAGGAUUUCCAGGAAUCUCGAAGCCCCGAUGCUGUCCUGAAAGCUCCAGAAAAGCAAAGAGAACUACUGGCAGAUCAGGCGAAGCGUGUGAAAGAAGGAAUGGAGCCGUGGCAACCAACAUGGCAAACCUUAGGGCUGAACUUCGAAAGGCCAUUAUUAAAGCCACAAUCAUCCAAGCCAUCACAAACAACGUCAUAG